GCACACUAGAACCACUCGAUACUUUUUACUAACGUUGGAUCAUUUUCUCUAGGUAAAAUGAAGGUGAUCUUUGCAUCCAUUGUCGUCUUAUUCUUCGUGACGAAUUUGCUUCCUGCCACAGUUGGACAACCUGGCGAUGUUGUUCCUUGCAAAACCGACCCUUUGUCCGCCCGAGGAGUAAUUUGGCACCAAGAACCAAAAGCUACCAUUCAGUGCGGUGUUGCUAAUCAAUUGAACUCGCGGAUCGUCGCUGGAUCGGUCGUGGCUCCCAACGAGUUCCCUUGGAUGGCCUUUUUGCGCAUUUACUUUUGGAGCGGAGAUUCGGCACAAUGCGGUGGAACAGUCAUCGACGGCCGCUGGAUCCUGACGGCAGCUCAUUGCACUUUUGGCGCUGUCAACAUUUCCGUCAGCCUAGGAGCUCACGACAUCACCUCCACCAGCAACGAUAACUUCCGGCAAGAGUUCUCUACUCGCAAGUGGAUCACUCAUCCGUCUUGGAGGUAUGGCGAUGUGGAGAACGACAUUGCGCUCAUCGAACUGCCCUACGCUGCUUCUUUGUCCAAUUACGUCCGUCCGGCUUGUCUUCCAUAUGCGGAUGAUUCCAAUCAAUUUGGCAAUCCCGUCACGCUCAUCGGAUGGGGAAACUACUCCAGCACUUCCAAUACCGGAUUCAGUGCCUACCUGCGGAAAACCUUGACGACUGUCAUCUCGUCGGACGGCACCAACGGUCAAUGCCAACAACAGUCUGGAGUGGGGUCUUUUUCUGGUGAUAAAAUCAUUUGCGGAGAUGGAUCUCAAGGCCGUCGGUUUUGCUAUGGUGAUGAUGGUGGACCGAUGAAUUUGUACGACUCGUAUUGGGGAACAUAUUCGGUUGUUGGAGUUGCAUGGAUGGGCGACAGCAGCGACAAUUGCCAGGAUUCACGACUGCCCAACAUCUACACUCGAGUCAGUUAUUACGUCGACUGGAUUUACAACAAUACAGAUAUUGUUCCCGUCCCCAAACCUGUUACCACGACGACCACAACGACGACGACUACCACCACAACAACCACAACAAGGCCCCCUACCACCACCCCAACAACUACCCGAUCAACCACCACUACCCCGACCACAACUACCCCGACGACGACUAAAGCAACUACUACAGUCACUGAUGCACCCACUCCUAGUACUAGUUAUCCAUCAGAGUUUGAUUGCAAAGGGAAACCAAAUGGAGUGUAUCCAAACCCAUGGAACGAUUGCUCCAGAACAUUUUUCUAUUGCUCCAACGGUUACUCUUAUGAAUACAUAUGUCCGGAUGCUGGAACGGUUUUCAACGAGUUUAUCUGCGAUUGUGACUAUCCAUCCAACGUGGCGGGAUGUUGGGAUGAAGUGAAAUAAAAAGUUCUUUUUUUAAAAUUCAUUUUCGAUCAACUUGGAAAAAAAGGAAAUUAUAACAAAAACUGAUUUAGACUUGUAGCAGUAGUAAAACGCAGUUUUAUGUAACUGACGAACUGUGUCAUUGAAAUUGCUGAAAACUGAUAAAAGUCUCUUUUAAAAUGACGAAACCCGGAUUUGGAAUAUAUUGCCAUUAUGUACCACA